UUGUGAAAGUUCACAUUCAGAGCAGCUUCACGAGUAGGAAAGGGGGUUCUGAAAUGAGUCCAUACCUUAGCUUCCUAUUGUUGAGUUUGGUGCUACUGGACAGGGAAUUAGUUCUUUCCCAGGAGUGCACCAAAAUCAAUGUGAACACCUGUAAAGACUGCAUCACCUCUGGUGCAUUCUGUGCCUGGUGUAAACAAAAGAAUUUUACAAACAAAGGGGAGCCAGACUCAGUCCGCUGUGACACCAAGGAACAACUGGAGAAAAGAGGAUGCACAGAGACCAACAUUAUCAAUCCUGACAGUGUUUUUACUCCAACUCUGGAUACCCCCCUUAGAAGUAUCAGUCAACCAAUUCAGUUGGCACCGCAGCAAAUAAAUCUGGAUCUUAGGCCUGGCAAGCCCACAACUUUCCCUGUGAGGUUCAAGCGUGCUGAGGGAUACCCUGUGGACCUCUACUACCUUAUGGACCUCUCCUACUCCAUGAAUGAUGAUCUGAAAAAAGUGAAAGACCUGGGGACAGAUAUACUAAAGGCUCUUAAAGAGAUCACCCCUUAUGCACGAAUAGGGUUUGGCUCUUUUGUGGACAAAACAGUUUUGCCGUACACAAACACGCACUCAGACAAGCUGAAGAAGCCAUGUCCAGAUGCUGAAGAACACUGCCAGAAAGCGUUUGGGUACCAGCAUGUACUGAGCCUGACGGAUGAUGGGGCCAAAUUUCAGCGGGAGGUCUCGGCUCAGUUCAUCUCAGGAAACCUGGACUCACCAGAGGGAGGACUAGAUGCCAUGAUGCAGGCUGCAGUCUGUGGGGACAAGAUUGGCUGGGGCAACAACACCCGUCUGCUGGUCUACACAUCUGAUGACGGGUUUCAUUUUGCAGGAGAUGGCAAACUUGGUUCCAUUUUGACUCCCAAUGAUGGCAAGUGCCAUUUGGAGGGAAAUCGGUACACCAAAAGCAAUGAACUGGACUAUCCAUCUGUGGGUCAGUUGGCACUGAAGCUAGAUGAAAACAACAUCCAGCCGAUCUUUGCCGUUACCAGAAACAUGCAAUCUGUGUACAAGGAACUGAGUGACAUGAUACCCAAGUCUGCUGUAGGGGAGCUCUCAGCAGACUCCAGUAACGUAGUGACUCUCAUCAAAGAUGCGUAUAGUAACCUGUCCUCGACGGUGAUUAUUGAACACAGUCGGCUUCCAGAUGGGGUUUCCAUCUCGUAUAACUCAAACUGUGCUGAUGAGAAAAGGAAGAAUGAACCCAAGGGAUCAUGCAGCAAUGUGAAAAUUAACAAUGAGAUUUCUUUUGAUGUAACUGUAACGGCAGAAAGGUGCAUGGGACCUCAGUCCUUUGAAAUCAGACCCCUGGGGUUCACAGAGAAGCUAACUGUGCAAAUAGCAACUCCCUGCCAGUGUGAAUGUGAUGACCAGAGAGAUGCUGCCGACUGCACCCACAGUGGACGUAUUGAGUGUGGAAUCUGCAGCUGUAACUUGGGUCACGUUGGCCAGAACUGUGAGUGUCGUGUCGGGGAUAAGACCGAAAAGGAACUGACCCAGGGCUGCAGAAGAGACAAUGGCACCAGCAUUUGUUCAAACCUCGGAGACUGUGUGUGUGGUGUGUGCCAGUGUCACGCCAGUGAAACACCCGGAAAACAGAUUUAUGGGAAAUACUGUGAAUGUGACAACACGAACUGUGAACUGAACAACGGCAAGCUCUGUGGAGGACAUGGGAAAUGUGACUGUGGGAAGUGUUUCUGCGAUGAACAGCACCAGGGCAGUGCAUGCCAGUGCUUGAAGUCAGUUGAGGGCUGUAAGAACUCCAAUGGAAGUGUGUGCAGUGGGAGGGGCCACUGUGAGUGCAACGUGUGCAAGUGCAAGUCUGGCUAUCAGCCGCCUUUCUGUGAAGAGUGCCCAGCCUGCCCAACGCCUUGUCCAAAAUAUGUGGCAUGCAUUGAGUGUCUGGGAUUUCAAAGAGGCCCAUACAGUAAAAAUUGCUCAGAAUCAUGCUCACAUAUCACACAUACAAAUGUGGACAAGGAAGUUAAUAGAAAGUUCUGUAAAGAAAAGGACUCUGAGAACUGCUGGAUGAUCUUCACCAUGGAGGAAUUGGAUGGAGAGAAUCAGUAUAAAGCUAUUAUAAGGAGCAAACGAGAAUGCCCUGAGCCCCCCAACAUCAUUGCCAUUGUGGCAGGUACAAUCGCGGGUGUAGCUCUCAUUGGCUUGGUCAUCCUGCUAAUCUGGAAAUUCCUCACCUUACUGAAAGACCGUCGGGAGUUUCACAAAUUUGAAAAGGAAAAGGCAAACGCAAAGUGGAAUCAAGCUGAUAAUCCACUUUUUAAGGGAGCAACUACUACUAUCAUGAACCCCAACUUCUUAGGCGACGAAAGCUAAAUGUAUGACAGACAGUAACACCUGUAACAAUUUGUUCCCCUUUUUUUGUUUGGUUAACAUGUGCUAUAAAAUUGGUACCCGCUAAUGCUAACAGCUUUUGAAGAAAUUGUAAACCUUGCCUGUGCCUUCAAAUGGUCUUUCAGAAGAUGCUUCUCAACCAGAUUGGCUACUAAACAGAGAAUCUAUAAUCACUAUAUGGAGAAUAAAUUAUGCAAACAAUAACAGGAUAAAAGCUCCAAGUACAAUGGCUCUUAAUGUAUUGUUGAUUUUCACUGAUGCCCAUGUGAACAUAUCAAGGAGGUACAGAAAGUCUACUUCACUACCUUGGAGGCUGUGGUACACAUUUAAAAGAUCCGAUACAAAGAACAUUUGGAAAAACAAAUUACUAAUAUUAAACUGUUAUAUUCAUACAUACCUUCAAAAACCAACCACUAAAGUAGUAUUUAAUAUCAUUUUUUUUGCAGUGUCUGUUAGUACCUGUUCCAGUGACAUCCUCAUUUUCUGAGACAGAGCAUAUCCACAGUCAAUUCAACCCCACAGCAACAAUGUAUUCGGUUUUAUUGAUUUAAAACAGUUGUGGUACCAGAGUACGUUUGUAAACUUGUUAUAUCACAGACCUCUUCUCCCCUGUAUUACUGCUGCAGCAGCUAAGUAAAUCUCUGACAUGCUCUAUAGAUAGAGCAAUAUUAUAUCCAAUAUGUUCACCUAGACUAGUAUAGCUGGACAUAAUAAAUUGUCCUAAAAUGUUAUGUAAAUGAUUGUCUGACUUUCUCAUGUUUUUGGAAUUUUAGGUUUUGGAAUUAUAUAGGUUGCGUGGGGGUGUUGAUAUUGCAACAUAUCACCAUUGGUCAGCACUUUUUUUCAAAAACGGGCAAAUGUCUUGCAGAUAUCCAUACACUAGAAUUUAAAAACAAAAA